CUAACGUAAUCUCCUCGGAUAAUAUGCUCGCACUUCCAGGUCGUAGAGGAAUAGGCUAUGUGUAUUACCACUCCAUGUUAAAAAAUGGGGCAAAAAUCGCACAGGUUUCCCAUUGCCGUAUUUCCGUUUUACAUUUUCCUAUUUUAGAUCGAUGGGAAUACGCGCAAUUGUUAAUGAGGUGCAUUCGAACUGCAAUUACAAUGCAAUUGAAGGGUAUUAGAUUUUUGAAAUAUUUGAAGUAUUUGAAUCUCAACGAACCAGAAAAAAUGGAGAACUUCAUAACAUAUGAAGGGUAUUAGGCCUGGAGACUUUAUUUCCAUUUGUUCGCCAAAUGACGUAGAUUGUGUCGUACCGUAUAUCGCGUCACUUUUCGUAGGGUCGAAAUCGGCUUCAGUAUGCGAAAAGAUGUCGGUGGAAGAAAACGUUUAUUUGCUAGAGCAAGUUAAUCCAAAAAUGAUAUUCGUGUCCAAAGGAGCCGUUGAGUUGAUUGAAAAAAUUGUUGAAAGUUUGGCGGAUGAUCCAAUUAUUGUCGUCUUUGGUGCAACAAAAAAGCACACUCCUUUCGAAGAAUUUUUGGCCAAACGCUGCCGAGAAUAUCAAUUUCGCCCUCGAGAAGUGGCCAGUCUUGAUGAGACGGCCAUCGUAGUUUUUAGUAGUGGCACAACGGGUAGACCAAAAGGAAUUUGUCAUACCCAUUACUCUGUGCUCUCCAACGUAACAGUUUUGUAAGUACCAACAGCUCGACUAAAUUCAUUUCGAAAUCAAUUUUUUAGUGGUCUAGAGGAAAACCUACAACUUGCGCUAUUUUCUUCGUCCUACUGGACACUCUUCCAUGUCACUGUUCAUGGAAUGCUAACAAUCGGUUUUACCCUAAUCGUCUUCUCGAGCUUCAACGCGAUGAAUCCCUGGUCGAUACUGAACUAUCGUAUAGACUGUACCUUUUUAGGUCCGAACGAAUGUAUGGCUUUUAUAAAAACGGAAAAGCCUCCAUUUUCCGACCCCUCCAAUUUAAAGGAAUUAGCCAUCGGUGGCAACUCCAUAAGCACGGAUCAAAUCGCAAAAGUUCAAUCUGUGUUUCCGGAUGCGUUCAUCCACUGCCUCUACGGUCAAACGGAAGUAUAAUCAUCCGUUUGCUUUGAUCGAGUUACUAGAAAAUGAAAUCAUGGUAACGGCGGAUGAUCUCGUACGUUACGUGGAUAGCAGAGUUGAGGACCAAAAGAGGUUGAGAGGAGGAGUGAAGAUAGUGAAACGUAUUCCUUUAACUCCUACUGGUAAAGUUAAUCGCUUCACAGUACAAGAUAUGUUGAAGAAACAAGAAAUUUAAAUAGCAAAUGCUUUUCCAUGCCUUUUAGUUGUUAAUUUACUUCUUUGGCCAAUCGGUAAUUGUCUUAUAGUCCUACUAAAAGGUUUCUUUUUUAUAUUUGAAAGGGUCUACUAUCAGAAUUUCUGAUAAAUCGGUAUUUGGGAUAUAAUUUAUUACGGUUUUAGUUACCCUAUUGUUGUUUUACUGUACCCAAUGUUAGUGGUGACGUAUAAAAUACUUUUAAUCACGUUGUUUAGUAAAGUUUAAUUGAGUAUUAUAAGGGUUGAGAAAAAUAACACGGCCAAAGACUCAAAUUUCAAUAGGUUAUGGGCUCAAAGGCUAAAGCAAUUAAACGUAUGACAAGAAUACAAUACACAAGGUUUAUUUCUAACAUUAUCCCUAUUAACCUCGAGCAAUUUUGACAAUUGGAAAUUCCGAUUUGUGGGUGGAAAGAGUCUAAGAUAUGUUGGAAAUUAUACCGAGGCAUUUGACAAUGAUGAACUGAAGAGUUCGAGUUCAAUGGAAGUGAAAUUUAUAAUUAUUCAAUGCAAUGGUUAAAGAUGCACAAACAUCGAAAGCAAUGAUGGACACUUUGGAAAAAGUGUUCAAGAGGAAAUCUGUGUUUACAGAGUUAAUGUUAAAUUAGAAACGUUGACGUUAAUGUAAUAAAAAUGAAAAGUUAAAAUAUCAUUUUUUAGCGUAACACAACGAAGUUGAGGUAAAGCGUAUGUGCUCGUGUUUCCGUCUGUCCGUCCGUCCGUCCGUUCUAUUCUAGUGACAAAUGCAGGAUUACAGGUUCGUGCAACCCAAAACUGACGUAAUCAGGGAUUAUAGCAGGAAUAAACCUAGAUUGAAAUAAUAAAGAUUAUUUUAAUCCAAUACUAAGUCAUGCAAACAAAAUUUUUAUUUAAUCUCAUGUUUGGCAAAUAAUCUUGGAUUUCAAUUAUAAUUUACUUUCUUGCAACCGGCCGUGACCUUUCAAGGAUUGUAAUGAAAACCUACGAAUUACAGUAAUUUUCUCCCUCUACUGCACAAUCUCUAUUCACACGUUCCACUCAAUUCUCGGCCUGAGAGCUGAGCUAUCUAAUAGGAAUACCCCAUUGUUCGUCCUUACGAUCGAGUACUCCUCUGUCUCUAUAUCCUUUCCCUAAUACUUCUCAAUUUUGAUUAUUGAAUUUUUCAACAAAAUACUUAUAUUGAAACAUUUUUGAAGGCAUCCUAAAAAGGGCUUUUCUCAAUUGGCCACUAUACGAUUAAUUGGGAAAACCUUAAGCGCAACUCCUCUGUCUACCCUUUAUUGUUUUUCUUUCCUUCUAUUUUUGGUAAUGAUUUAUGCCAAAUUUCCGUAGUCGAAUUGCUCCACAAACUUUCCACUUGCGUCUCAAGUAUCAAUUUCUUUAGAAAAUAAAUGUUUGUUCUCCAAAUUUUCUAGAUUACUCCACUUUUCUCUUUUUAUUAAGUUUCAUAAUCAGCAGCGCUAAAUUCCAUCUCAACGACUCUUCAGCAAGUUCAGCUGAAAGCUCGUGAAAGGUAAAUAAGUCACUCACAUAUAUAUUUUUAAGUUAGUAUAUUACCUCAUUAAAAAUAAAAAAAAUACUUUCAUUAAAUGGCCUUGACUAUGGUUUACAUUGGCAUUAACUGGCUCAUUAAAACUUUAAAAGUAGAAAAAAAUUAUGUACGAUAUGCGCAUUUAAAGUCUGAACCAGUUAUUAUCACUUUCGGGGUGAUGGCGAACGAAAGCCAAAAUCAUCCUAACGUAAUCUCCACGGAUAAUACGCUUGCACUUCCAGAUCGUAGGGGAAUAGGCUACGUAUACUACCACUCCAUGUUAAAGAAUAGGGGAAAAAUCGCACAGAUCAAUGGGAAUACGGGUGAGGAAGAAAGCUACGAUCAAUUGUUAAUGAAGUGCAUUCGAACUGCAAUUACAAUGCAACUUAAGGGCAUUAGACCUGGGGAUUUUAUUUCCAUAUGUUCUCCAGAUGCCCUAGAAUGUUUCGUGGCGUAUAUCGCGUCAUUAUUCAUAGGAGCGAUAUCGGCUUCAAUAUGCGAAGAUAUGUCAGUGGAAGAAAACCUUUAUUUGCUAGAGCAAGUUAAUCCAAAAAUGAUCUUCGUAUGUAAAGAAGCCGUUGAAUUGGUUGAGAAAGUUGCUGAAAGGUUGGCGCAUGACCCAAUUAUAGUUGUCUUCGGUGCAACAAAAAAUCACACUCCUUUCGAGGAUUUUUUGGCCAAGCGCUGCCAAGAAGACCAAUUUCGCCCUCGGGAAGUGGCCAACCUUGAUGAGACGGCCAUUGUUAUUUUUAGUAGUGGCACGACAGGUAGACCAAAAGGAAUUUGUCAUACCCAUUACUCUGUGCUCUCCACUGUCACAUUUUUUGAUCGAAAGGAAAACCUACAACUUGCGAUAUUUUCCACGACCUACUGGUCAGUCUUCUACACCUUCGCUCAUAAAACGCUAACAAACGGUUUCACCAGAAUCGUCUUCUCGGACUUGGAAGUGAUUAAUCCCUGGUCGAUACUGAAGUAUCGUAUAGACUUUACCUUUUUCGGAUGGAAUGAUUAUAUGUCUUUUACAAGAACUGAAAAGCCGCCAUUCGUCGACCCCUCCAAUUUAAGGGAACUAGCUAUCGGUGGCAACUCCAUAAACAUGGAUCAAAUUGCAAAACUUCAAUCUGUGUUUCCGGAUGCGUUCAUUCACAGUACAUACGGUCAAACGGAAGUAUUCCAAGAGAUCUUUACCUUUCCAAACAGUGCGGCUUCUAGAAGUCUUGCCGUGAGGUAUCCAAAUUCAGUCGGGCUACCCCUUGCCGGUUUUCGUUACAAAGUGGUAGACUUAGAUACCGAAGAAAUUUUAGGGCCAAAUCGUAAAGGCGAGCUGAGGCUACGGUCAGCGUGUCAAACUUCGGGUUACUACAAUCACGACUCGUCGGAGAUGUUCGACUCGGAAGGUUGGCUGAAGACGGGUGACUUGGUGUACUAUAAUGAGGAGAGGUGUUUCUUCAUCACUGGCAGAAUUAAAGAAAGUUUCAAGUACCUGUACCACCAUAUUAGCCCAGUUGAGAUCGAGAGCGUACUUAUGGCGCAUCCGUCUGUGGGAAGGGCGGUUGUUCUGGGUCUUCCCCAUGAGACAGACGAUAAUCAUCCGUUCGCUUUGGUCGAGUUACUAGAAAAUAAAGGAAAUGUAAAGGCGAAUGAUCUCGUACGUUACGUGGAUAGCAGAGUUGAGGACCAAAAGAGGUUGAGGGGAGGAGUUAAGAUAGUGAAACGUAUUCCUUUAACUCCUACUGGUAAAGUUAAUCGCUUCAAAUUGCGAGAAAUGCUGAAAAAGCAAGAGAUAUAACUGGCAAUCUUUGCCCGUUAAUUUCAAUGUUAAGACAUUCUUUUGUUUAAUACACGGGAUGGGUGGGUUUCUUAGUAGGAAAACUUCCUUGUUAUGUUAUUAUAAAGAUGUACUAUGAUAGUUGGGGAAAAAUCGGUUUUGCAAAUAAAAAAAGUUUGCUCUGCACAUA